GUUUCCCCAGCACAGUAUACGAUACGUGUGUGAGUUCUUUUCAUAAUCGUAGCAAUAUCUGUAGCGUAGUUUAUAUGAUAAAGACGAAACGCGAUUGCCGGCCGGUGCGAUUAGGAAUCAUCAGAGAGUUCGAGGUGCCUCUGUGCGAUUGCAAGCAGCAAAAGUCGAAUGAUGUCGAAAGAUGACGUCGUCGUCUCCGUCCCCCGAUCUCCGAUAAACUCGAACGGGAACUUGGCCGGGUGGGGCCUCGUCGUUGAGUGUGCAGUCGAGUGUUGAGUCGCGCCUCGCGCCUGCGGCAAACAUUAGUAUGAAAGUCUCCAAAGUAGGGAGUAACAAGGGCCCGGCGCGCGAAGAGAGACUCCGGAACCUGUUCUUCGGGACGCAUACGCGUCCAAUCUGUUCGUGUUGCAUCAGUGUACAAAAUUCACGUGCUGCAUCGAUGUGCAAAAAUGUGACAAGCCGGUAACGUAAGGUGUGCGAGAAAAUGAAAAUGUUGCCGCACCGCGCACGACUUUGCAUACCGGUGCUCAUCUUAGCGCUCUCUCAAGUAUCAGCAAGUAACAAACCAAGCAUCUACCCGAACCAAGAGGAAAUUGUAAUAAACGAAGGAGAACCUUUAGAGAUUACAUGCAUUAGCUUCGCACCAAUUAAAUUUGUUUAUCCCGACGCUCUUGAAGAAUCGGUUAAUACUUCAAUUCCAAAAACAAGCGAGACUGAAGAUAAUGGCUUUUACCAUUAUGUUUUCCAAAGGCCAAACACCGUUUUCGGUGAUACAGGCUGGUACGGUUGCGCCGAUCACAAUGUUGAAAUCAUUACAAAUUCCUACGACGAUCCCGAGAUAAGCUGGUUGUACGUUUAUGUGAAAUCCAAUACGAAUUUAUUCGUCGAGGCGGAUACUUACGCCCAUCUGAGUGCAGUUGCUGGCGGCAGCAUUGUAAUACCAUGCAGACCUACAUCGCCAGAUCUAGUACCCAUCUUGUCUGACAAUAACGAAGAAGAAUUGAAGGAGGCGUCAUUUGAUCCGAGAAUUGGUUUUACGAUUAGGAACCUGCUGGUGAAAGAUAGCAAUUGGUACAAGUGCUCGAUAGAGAAGAACGGCGAAGAGCACGCGGUCAAUUACGUGUUGUCCGUGCACCUAAAACGAACCUUACCCGAACCAAAAAUUCAAGACGACAGCCUGCUACACGUUACACGCGGACAAGAUCUCUAUGUAAAUUGUACUGUUGAAGUGGAAAUAUCCAUGAGAUACGUAUUCACGUGGCACACACCGCAGCAGAAUAGCAGUAGAAUAAGCACUCAGCAAUUCAGAAAACAUCUCAACGGAAAUUAUGUCUUAGUUACGUGUCAGUUGACGAUACUUAAUGUAACAGACGAAGACGCGGGGGAAUAUGAGUGCGUCAUUAGGUCGAUUCAUGACACCAAGAAGAUAACAAAAAAUAUCACGAUACACGAUCCUCAAAUGAAAUAUAUUAAUCUUACACCUCAAAACACCGAUAAAUAUUAUCAAGCGGAAAGCGGUAGCUACGUUCAAUGGGUCGUCUAUGUCGAUGGCUAUCCGAAACCCCAUUUACAAUGGUUCAAGCCGAAUGGCGAAGAAAUUAUAGAGAGCCCAAAGUAUUUCAUGAACACAAGCGCAACAGCUACGUUGAAAAUAAACACAUUAAGCGUAAUGGACUCGGGAAAUUACACACUUGAAGCAAAAAAUGAUUUUAUGAUCGAAAAAUUGAAUUUUACAUUGGAUGUUAUAGCUAAGCCGGUUGCCUUAUUGACCCAUAUUGACUCUUACUAUCCGCCUAACGAAAGUACAGAAUUUCAUUGCGAAGUAAUAUCUAAUCCACCUCCAAAUAUAACAUGGAGUUUUCUGAGGUGUCCUAUUUAUCCAUCGCUGGAGAAUUCAACAACUGUGUAUCUGACGGACGUGACGCAAUCCGCAGCUUACAGCUCUAGUUACAGAUUCGAAUCAACGGUAAAAAUGCCUAUCGACGUAUCGGGGAAAAUAACGUGUAAAGCCUGUAAUGUCGUUGAUUCUGUAAUCUCCUGUGAUUCUGUGACCGAGAACAUUCUUGUCUCCGAUGGAGUAGGCGCUUUUGGCAUUAUUAGGCCAAACGAGUCUGUGACGAUAGGUGAUGAUGUAGAAUUGACGUGUGCCGCUUCCAUUUAUAAUUAUACAAACGAAUUUACAUGGACCACACUGGUAAACCAAACUGAAAGGCCACUUGCAGAAUCAGAAAGAUUACAGAUUACGCAGCAUAAAACCCCAUUUACCUAUCGAUCAACGUUGAAGCUCAAUAAUGUCCAAGAAUCAGAUGCCCAAGAUUAUUUCUGUACCGGAAAAAUCAUGAAUCGUGAGACCUUGGAGCCUCUUUCCGACUACGCAACGUACAAAUUAAUUGUUCACGAUCCGGUGCUACCGUUUUUUGUCAAAACUAAUAUGAAUGAAACUAAAAUUAAAACUAUCGAUGUGAUUGCCGAAGGUCACAAGACGGUGAUAUUGCAAUGUUUUGCAGAAGGAAUGCCGAAACCAAUAGUUACCUGGUACAAGGACAAUGUGUUGCUGAAGGAAAAUGAUCAGUAUUCUUUUAAAUCUUAUAAAUAUGAUAAUUAUAAAGAACUUAAUAUAAACUAUUUGAAGCAACAUGAUGGCGGAAAUUAUUCGUGCCGGGCUGUUAAUCGAUUGGGCACAAACGAGACUUUUCAGCAGAUAACGGUGAAAAAUGCAAAAUGGCACAAACUUGACAUAAUAUUAGCUACUUCAAUAGCUAUUAUGGGUCUCAUCCUAGUGAUUUUAGCCAUCUUUUUCACGAUUAAGGUUCGUCGUGAAAAGAAAAUGAGAAAAGAAUUGAUGGAAGCGGGUCUUAUGCACUUUGAAGAAGGUGCUUUAGAAUGUUUAAAUCCAGAUUUGACGGUUGACGAUCAAGCGGAACUACUCCCUUACGAUAAAAAGUGGGAAUUUCCAAGGGAACGAUUGAAACUCGGAAAGCAAUUGGGCAGUGGUGAGUUUGGAGUGGUAAUGAAAGCGGAAGCGCAAGGGAUAUGCGAAAACGAAACUGUCACUACCGUUGCCGUGAAGAUGGUUCGUCGAACCACUAACCCAACUUAUGUACGUGCACUUGCGAGUGAAUUGAAAAUUAUGGUGCACCUUGGCAAGCAUCUAAACGUCGUCAAUCUUCUUGGCGCUUGCACUAAAAAUAUUUCCAAACGCGAACUGCUGGUGAUUGUCGAAUAUUGCCGCUUUGGAAAUUUGCAUAAUUAUCUUUUACGACAUAGAAACGAUUUUAUUAAUCAAAUCGAUCCCAAGACUGGAAAACUCGAUCUUACUAUCGGUAUGGAUAUACUGAUGAGAACUGUUAGCGUCAGUAGUAAUAACAGGAUAAAAUAUGCGGCAUUGUCCUUUUCUCGCAGUCUUAGUGCGAAUUCAGAUACCGAUGAUGUAGUGGUGCAUUAUUGUCCGGGAACGAAUUUGGACUCUCCAGAGAUUAAUUUCUCGCCAGACGGGGGGGGUUGCGUCAGCAGUAGUACGUCAUCGCAACCAGGAUGGAGAUCAAAUUACACCGGUGACUAUAAAGAUCAAAAUCUCAAACCGAUCUGCACUCAAGACUUAUUGUCUUGGGCAUUUCAAGUAGCACGUGGAAUGGAAUAUCUGAGUCGACGAAAGGUAUUGCAUGGAGAUCUGGCAGCAAGAAAUAUCUUGCUUGCCGAGGACAACAUAGUGAAAAUUUGCGAUUUCGGCUUAGCAAAGACUAUGUAUAAAGAUGGCAAUUACAAGAAAAAAGGUGAUGAUCCGGUGCCCAUAAAAUGGAUGGCCAUCGAAUCGAUCAGAGAUCGAGUUUUCUCGACGCAAUCCGACAUAUGGAGUUUUGGCAUAGUGCUUUGGGAAUUUUUCACGCUGGCUGAGACGCCGUAUCCCGGCAUGGAGGCAGAAAAACAGUAUCAAAAAUUGAUCGAGGGCUACAGAAUGGAACAGCCGGAUUACGCUAUUCGCCAAAUAUAUGACAUAAUGUUACAAUGCUGGAAAGCCAAACCGACACUACGUCCAAGCUUUACGGAUCUUGUGGAGAGCAUUGGAAAUUUAUUGGAAGAAAGUGUGAGAUUGCAUUACAUCAGCCUAAACACACCGUAUAUGGACAUGAACACUAUGAAUCUGGAGAGCGGAAAAAACGAUUAUCUAACGAUGAUGUCCGCGCCGGAUCACGCGAUUCUCGCGUCACCGAAUCACGAUUAUGUAAACUCGCCGUUCUCAAAAGGUGCACCGGAUCCGUCAUACUUGUGCAUGAGCCCCGGCAUGAGUCCGACAGACGAGUCCGGGAUAUUUAGUCCUAGACCGCAUCAAGAACACUCGCACUUUGAGUUUCCAUCGCCCGUGUCGGAUUCCGAGGACGCGGUCGAGCAGUCUCCAAUGCUGAAGCACGAGGAAGAUCCCUACCUGAAGCCGAUCAAUGUCCACGAGCGAAGAGCAGAGUUCGCGCGGCAGAGGCAAGCGAUGAAGAAUCAAACGGCCGAUAGACCGAUGGAUCGAGAUUCCGGUUAUUGCAACGCACCGCGGAAUCUUCACCUGAUAGAUCUAAACGACACCGAUGAGAACGACGCGCAAACAGACACGACGGACUCGAGAAAGAAAGAUUACGCACCGUCUAUUAUCAGCACGCAGGACAAUUACGUGAACAUGCCCAAACAGAAGAAUGAUCUAAGAAAGGGUAUGCCGGACAGCUUUAGUAAUCCCAGUUACGUGAUGAUCAGUAACCGCGAGAUGGACCAGAGAGCUUAGUCCGCUUGGAGAUCGCGCGCUCCUAUGAAUACCGAAUUAUUUUAAGAGUAAAGUUCAAUGCAGUUUAGUAAUUUAUUCGUUAACUUUUACCGCGGUAAUCUGACGACUUUUUACUCUAUUAUAGUUGUACGUGCAUCCACGUCAUAAUAAUAUACGGUAAAAUAUCGAAUUUAGUAUUUCGCAAAUAAUCUCUCAAUCAACAUACCAUAGCGAUUAAUAGCGUAUCGAGAAUGCAUCAUCAAGUAGGAGCAAAGAGAAUAUUUUUUUAUUAUAUAUAUAUAUAUAUAUAUAUAUAUAUAUAUAUAUAUAUCGCAGUGCGAGAGAAUGAUUUAGUAUAUUCAUGCAUAAUACGCAAAUAUUUAAAUUUCAUUUAUUCUUCUUGUGUAACAAUUUACCAGCUUUUAGUUUACAAAAUUGUUUACAUACUUCCCCUGCGUUUAUGGAGAUAAUUUUUUUACGAAAAAGUAUGAAGAAAGUGCCAUUUCCUAACUUUAAGAAUUAACAUUCGGGUAUUGUGACGCAUUUUAUAUGGAAAAUGCAAGAAUUUAAAGCAAGUUUAUCAAACUAAUAAUUCUUUAAAAUAUUAUUGUCAAGUAAAUAAUUUAUAUAUUUGACAAAGUAUAAAUCUGUGCAUUAUUAUUAAUCUAUUUGCUUAUACAGAACAUAUUGUGCACAUUUAUUUGUCAUCUACGAUUUGCAAUCUAGAUACUUGUUUAUUGUGAUAUUAUAGAGUACCAUCACCAUUUGUAAUAUUACACGAAUGUCUCUCAUCACAUACAACGAUAUGUGUACUUCGAGAUAUAUACUUAAACAAAAAAUAGAUAGAUUAUAGACAUAUAAAAUAAGAAAAAA